GCCAACAAAUCCAAAAAAGGUCAUGUCGAGACAUUCACAGUCAAUCCAAAGUGUGUAACACUGGGAGAGCUGUAUGGUGAAACAGAUACAAACACAUUUGAGUGGUCUGAUGGACUCAUUGCCAAUGCUACACGAAGAUUUGCCAAAGAGCUUUCGUCAUCUUUGUCAGGACAGAAUAUGAAUGAGGAUCCCAUGCUUGCAAAAGAGUCUCCAUCUAGUCGUCCUGUUUCCUCUUCAACAGAAAUGUCCAUGAUAUCAAACACAACUCAUGUAAGAGACUUCGUUUUAGAUAUUGUGCAGUGUUUUAAAAGUUGCUUAAAUUUUAUUUUAUAGUUUUAAGGGAUGUCCCAGCUAGAUGUCUAAUGUUGUAAUAAAGAAUGACAGAUGAAUUUUACAAUUUGUAGUGGGAGGUGAUGGAAGUCGAGUGGGGGUGUGUGUAAAGUCUCCUACAUUAGAGGGAAUAUUCUUGAUUAUUUUUUAAUCUGCGAAAAGCAUGUUAAAAUUCAUUUACAAGCUUAUUAUUAUUAUUAUUAUUAUUAUUAUCAUUAUUAUUAUUAUUAUUAUUAUUAUUAUUAGGUGGUUUUAUAUAGCGCAGUACUCCAGCCUAGGGCUAGACUCACCGUGCUUCACAUAAAAAUUAGCGAUUAGUUUAAAAUAACUUUGGAAAAUACAUAACUGGUAUCUAUAAAAAAAAAUAAUUUACAUAUUUUAUGUUCAUACUUUUAUAUUAUAAAACUUUCCCUAAGCUGGAGUAUGAACAACAAUCUUGAACAGAAUGUCAGUCCUGGUGCCUCUAGCACUAAGCUGGAGUAUGGACAACAAUCUUGAACAAAACAUCAGUCCUGGUACUGCUAGCUCUAAGCUGGAGUAUGAACAACAAUCUUGAACAGAAUGUCAGUCCUUGUACUUCUAGUUCUUUUAUAUAUGCUUGUUUUGUAUCUUAAUGUUUUAAAUCCUAUAUUAGAGCGCUGCAGUCAGGGGGCAGAAACAAUCUGACUCCCCUUCCACAACCAAUGACAAACAGAAAGAUGAUGAAGAGGGCAAAGAGGGCAGCAACAUUACAGACUGGCGGUGGCUGAUUCUAGAUGGGCCAGUGGACACACUGUGGGUUGAGAACCUCAACACUGUACUUGAUGACUCUAAGGUUUGUGGAUAAAUCCAAUAUUUUGCUGCUGGGUUGCAUAAAUCUGUUUAAUCUUAUUUCAACCAUUGUCAAAACAAUAACUCCUUAAGAAUCAACAACAUUCUGUCAGAUGUUGGUGUUCUUCUUGCAGGUCCUUUGCUUAGCCAGUGGAGAAAGAAUUUCUUUAACACCAGGGAUGCGACUUCUCUUUGAGGUAGACAAUUUAUCUCGUGCCAGUCCCGCCACAGUUAGUCGAUGCGCUAUGGUGUAUUUAGUAAGUCUGAGUUUAUUUUACAUCAUAGUAUAGAUACAGAUACAAAUUUUUACCAAUACAAUGUUUUUAUAUAUAUUGUUUUAGAUAAGGGUGUUAAUGCUGCAGUACUUCUUUCAUCAUAAAACAGUCGCUUUAUAGUUAGAUGUGGAUUAAAAUAUUAUUUGAAUGUAAUAAUAAUAAUUCCAGAUUGGAUCUUGUCCACCACAAGGGAGUUACAAAGUAAAACAUUUCUAACAGUUAAACUACAUUAAAUCCCUUAAAAUUUGGUAUCAAAAUUUAUUUUGUACUUAAUAGUUUAAGAGUUGGAAAAGCGACUUGUGGUUGCUCUGCAUUUCUUACUUAGGGCUUUUAGGUCGCUUUGAGCUCUGGCUGGUAUUGAAUUUGUAGGCUUAUUGAAAGGGUUUUGAACAGUCACAGGCUAUUGGAUAAUUGAUUUCCUAUGCUUAUUGAUUUUUUACGCUCAUUGACAACUUACAAGCCAUCGAAAACAGCAUCAGUGCCUGUCACUACCCACUCUGUAUAAUCCUGUUGGAUAUAUUGUACACCAUCUAGACCUAUUUUUAUAGAUUAUGUACCUCUUCCAGUAUUUUACAUGCGUAACAGGGUUUUUCAUUGCCUCAGCUGGUUAAUAUAAUUAUUUAUUGAUAGAAAAAUUCAAAUUAUUUUAAUUGGAUGAAUUUUGAAAUAAUUUUUACAUAUUUUUUAUUAUUAUUUAGGACCCAGUUGACUUAGGAUGGAAGCCAUAUGUAAAAACAUGGAUGAGUCACUUACCCAGAGAACUUCCUGAAUCUGGUAGAAACUUUCUGAAUUCACUAUUUGAGGCCAGUAUUGACAAGGGGCUUAACUUUCUUCACAAGUUUAAGGAGCACCAAGCAGUAGAGGCCCCUGACCUGAGUAUUAUUGGAACAUUGUGUCACAUCAUUUCUGCUUACAUUGACUUUCUUGCCACUCAUGGAGGGUUUGGCCUUCCAGGUAAGUCAAUAUUUGUUUGCAUGUGAGAAACACAGGCUUAAGCGACAGUGCAUACUCAAUAAAUAUCAUUUUAAGUGCUAUGAAACAAAAAGUUUAUUUCUUUUGACCCCUUUAAUCAAUGAUUAUCGCCUUCAUUAUUACAUUCAUUAUUACCUUCAUGAUGCCCGAGUUAUUCACGUUUACCUACAUAGUGGCUGAGUUAUAUUUUUAAUUUUCUUCUGUCAAAUUAUUUCAUAUUUAAUGCUCUUAAUAGAUUAUAAUUUACAUAUGUCAAUUUUUUAAAAAUUCCAAAUUGUUUCAUUAUUAGAUGAGAAAGAAAAGGACAACUUACAAGUGCCUGAAGAUGGAGCUGCCAGCAGCAUGUCUUCUGGGAGUGGAGCCUCUAAAAAUAAAAGAAGGCAGUCCAAAAAACAGCUCAAACUCAAAGAUGAGACAGAUAACUCAAAUCUUCUUGAAAAAAAGAGUUCAAAAGGGUAUAGAAUAAAAUAUUUCUUACGCUUCUAAAUUGAUUUGUUACAUAAAUUUGUUCUGUGUAUUUUUAACUGAAGUGAUGAAAAAAAAAAAAAAAAAGACAACCACAAAAGUUUGACAGCUUGUCUAUUUUUUUUUGUCUAAACACACUUUUAAUUACUUUUUGGUAUAUUUUCCUUUUCAGUAAAAAAAAAGUACAAAAGGGUAUAAAAUAAAAUAUUUCUUACGCUUUUAAAAUUAUUUGUUAAAAAAAUUUUUUUUUUGUAUUUUUAAAUGAAGUGAUAAAAAAAAAAAAAAAAAAAGACAACCACAAAAGUUUGACAGCUUGUCUAUUUUUUUUUGUCUAAACACACUUUUAAUUACUUUUUGGUAUAUUUUCCUUUUCAGUCCUGAAAGAAAAAUGUUUUUUUUGGAGCGUCAACCCAACCAACUGAACAACAUGCUUGGGAAAUUAUUUGUUUUUGCCUACACUUGGAGUGUUGGAGGGGUCCUCAAGAGGAGAGAAUUCAUGGAUGAAGAUGACAGCAGUUCAAAAAGAGCUGGAGUCACUUUGGAAAGAGUUGAUAUCAACAAUGAAUUUGAUAAUUUUGCGCGUGAACUCUUUGAUGUGGAACCUCCUCUUGGUAAAGUUCAAAUAUGAGAUUAAACUUUCAUGGUCAACUACUCUGCUGAAAACUUUUAAGUCAAAGCUCUCUGCAGUGUUUAAAAAAAAUACUCGUGUCAUUUAUAACACUGUAAUAAGUUGAUAAUAUUUAAUUUAUGUAUUAAUGCACAAUAUUUAUAACUUUUUAUUAAAUGGUAAUAUAAUUUUAGGUGUGAGGUUACCAGCAGGCAACCGCAGCAUUUAUGGAUACUUUGUUGACCUUGAAAGUGGCAGCUUUGUGCCAUGGGAUGUUCUCAUUCCCAGCACAAAGUCGUUGAUUGAGAAAGGAGCUGUCAUCACCAUUGGUAAACUUAUUUUCAAAUUUUGAAACCAAAAAUAUAAAUUCUGUCAUCUUCAGUGUACCAAAUCUUGACUUUUUAAAAAUAAUAAUGAAAAAUUAAUGCAAUUUAGGAAAUGUUGAUUUUGUGAGUGUGCAUCAUUGAUGUCAUCUUCUCCUCUCACAGGUGAAACUCUGGGAGUUGUUUCAGACAAGAAAAAACAAGAGCUGAAGGAAGCUGAAAUCAUCCCAACUGUGGACAUUGUUCGCUUUACAUUCUUAACCAGUCUUUUACUGCUCAACAAGCACCCUGUUCUACUGACAGGUCAGUGCUAGCCAAACACUGGACAUUGUUUGCUUUACAUUCUUAACCAGUCUUUUACUGCUCAAUAAACACCCUGAUCUACUGACGGGUCAGUGCUGGUCAAAUACCACCUUAAAAAUGUUGAUUAAAAAGAUAUUUAAUUAAUUGUCAACCAAAAUAUAAUGUGCAGCAUUCCUUGUUUCAAUGGUUAUGGUUGAUGUCAAUAUGUUGUUUGUUCCAGGAGAGUCUGGUGUCGGUAAGACAGCCAUAAUCAAUCACAUGUUAAAAGAAUUGGAGAAAGAUGGAGGGACAUCCAUGGAAAAAUCUUCCACUAUUUUGGGAUCUGUGUUGCAGUAUUCAGAAAAUCAAUAUGGAAUUUUGGAAAACAUCAGCAGUUUGACGAACUUCCAAAAUGAAGAGAAUGAAGACAAGACUAUGGACAUACUGUUGGGCUGUAAGUAGGAUGUAGACAAAACUAUGGACAUUCUGUUGGGUUGUAACUUGGGUUGUAACUAGGAUGUAGACAAAACUAUGGACAUUCUGUUGGGCUGUAAGUAGGAUCUAGACAAAACUACGGACAUUCUGUUGGGUUGUAACUUGGGUUGUAACUAGGAUGUAGACAAAACUAUGGACAUUCUCUUGGGCUCUUUGAAUAGAUUCUUAUAGAAUUUAAGUACUGUUGACAUAGGAGUGUAUGAGGCAGAAUUUGGUACAAUGUUAUAGCUGACCAACCAUAAUGCAAAAAUUGUGACAAUGUUAUAUAUUUAUUUCUAAUUUUCAAAAAUCAACUCAUUUGUUUCGAUUCCUCAAUUCAGCCAAGAGUAAACAUAUUGGUUUGAUGAGCACAAUGAUACAGUGCAGUGCCCAGACAACUUCCAAGAGACUCCAGGCUCAGAUUAUGCUCAAGCUGAUCAAGAAAAGUAGAACAUCCAUGGGGGCUCCUAAAGGGAGACGAGUAAGUGGCUGUCAAAGUUACUAUCGGGUCCUUUCCCUUUUUUUUUUGUAAGUGAGACAAUUUUUAAAAUGAGUCAAUAAAUGUUAGAUCUAAUUAAACUUUGUUUUAAAAUGUUUUGAAAAUGUUGUUCUCUCCAGGUUGUUGUAUUUGUGGAUGAUUUAAAUAUGCCAGCACCGGAGGAAUUUGGGGCUCAGCCGCCAUUGGAAUUGUUGAGACAAUAUUUAGAAAUGGGUGGAUUCUAUGAUACCAAGAAAAUGGUCUGGAAGGUAAAAGCAAAAGAAAAUAUUAUCUCUUCAAAAAAUUUUCAGCCACCUUGUUUUUUAAAAAUGUUCAGUUUUAGACAUAUAUUUUGUUUGAAUUUUUGCAUUUACGGUAAUCACAUAUGAAAAUAUAUUUGCGUUAAUGCCUUCUUGUAAUUAACUUGAGAAAAUGUAUUUACAUCCUGCAGGACAUUCUUGAUGUAACAUUGGUGGCAGCAUGUGGGCCACCUGGUGGUGGUAGAAACCCUACAACACCAAGGCUUCUCAAACAUUUCAGGUAUUUUGACCAUAAACAUUCCAAAGAGAAAUAUUGUUGCAAAAAAUAAUUUGGUUAAAAUAUUAUUAGAAUGAAACUAAAAGUGUGUUUGUAAGACCUGUAGAGACUUUGGUAGAAGGGUACUUAAUGAGGUUCAAACAAGUUUGCGCUUUCACAUUAACUUUAAUGGGGGUUUCUCAUAAAGUUAUAAUUUUUAUUUAAUCCCCUUGUAACUUUUUAACAAUAAAGAUAAAUGUCCAUUAAGCUAUGAAUGAUUUUAUGCAUAUUCAUCAUCCACAUUUCAGUUUGUUCACUCUGCCACAACCGUCCACCAAGUCCUUACAACAUAUUUACCAAGUGCAGCUUGGCCGCUUCCUUCAAGAAGGAGAGUUUAUGCCUGAAGUUGUUGAGUGUUUGUAUCCCAUGGUGUCUGCCAGCAUUUCCGUCUACUACAACAUGUGCUCUGUCAUGCUGCCGACCCCCACAAAAUCUCACUACACAUUCAACAUCAGGGACUUAUCAAAGGUCAGGGGAAUUCUUUGGUUAAACUUUCAUAUACGGAUCAAAACUUAGGUGAACUGUUUGAAAUGUAAAUGUCAAGAAAAGUAUAAAAAAACUUUACCUGUAAGGGGUCGUUCGCAAAUUACGUCACCCAAAAAUUACCUUUUCAGACCCCCUCCUCCCACCCUGUCACAAAGUGACACAACCCCCCCCCCCCCCACNUCCUCUAAGAUCCGAAUGGAAAAUGGCGACAACAGUUUUUCUAUCAUUUUUCUAUAAGCGCAGAAGGUGUGCCCGACUGAGUUCACGGUACCUAUAAUAACAGAGGCAAUUUCGACCUCAAAUUAAUGUUUCAAAAUUAAUUGAAUAAAGUUUUUAAAAAUUAUAACAUUUUAGACUUAUAAUUUUUUAUUUAUUUUGUGAUGACACAAAUUUCUGAAACCCCCCCCCCCCUGUCACUCUCACCCUGAGGGUGAUGUAAUUUGUGAAUGACCCCUAAGCUUAAAAUAAAGUAUUUUAUUAAAAAUUAAAUAUUAUUAGGUCAUUAAAAUGAUUAAUGUUUGUUGUAUUUAAUUAUUUGUUUAAGAUGUCAUCAUCUGAAAUAAAUUAGGCUAGUAACAUUUUUAAAAAAAGGGAAGUAUAUAUUUGUUCAAUGUUUUUGCUUAAAUUCAUUUAUGGCAAGUUUGUUUUUCAAGAUAGAACAUGACACUACUUUUGGUUUGUGUUUCUAAAAAAUGUGUUCAUAUUAUAACUCCAUCUUGAUUCUACAUAACACAAGAUACAAAAUGCAUGGUUAUGACUAGAUUAUAUUCUGUCUUUGGAUUAUUCAGAAAAAAAUUUCCCCUUGAAUUUGAUUUUUUGCUAAGGUGAUCCAAGGCAUCCUUCAGGCUCAUUCCUCAGUGAUCAUGGGAAAAGAGAACUGUGCUCAGCUCUUUGCACAUGAAGCGACCCGUGUCUUCCAUGACAGACUCAUCAACUCACUUGACAGGGAAACAUUUUUCAAUAUCCUUGCUGACAACUUACAUGAUUAUUUCAAAGUAUGAAAUAAAAAAAUAAUAAAUGAAAUUUAAAAAUUCAAAUUCAUUAGAGUAAUUCCUUUCUCUAAACAUUUUUCCAUUAAGUUUGAUUUUUCAUUUUUAUGGUGUAAGAAGCAUAUUCAUUGCAGUAAUUAUAUUUUUAUUAAAGUGAUUGCAAGGGCUCGCUAUCUUGAAGCUAUUUUUUCCAUUCAAGAAGUUAGGGAUUGAAUUUUACCAAUUAGCAACAAAUAAAUUGUUAUUAAAUCUAAAAAAAAUUGCUUUUGAUGAACUUUGAGGGUCAGUUCCAAAAUGUCUCUUAUAUAAAACUGAAAUGUUAGCUACCGAUGCUCAAGUCUAAUGCUGUAUCAAAAUAUUUUGUGCUUGGGCUAUAUGUCCUUUCAUCUUUGUGCAUUGUGUGGAAAAAAAUCCUUUUGAGGACCACAGGAUACAAAUCAGCCCUAGAAUUCAAGCUCUAGUUAUUGGGAAAAAAAAAUUCAAAAUUUUUAUGUCUGGAGAUCAUGUCUAGUUAAAGAAAUGUACUUUAAAAAAUUAUUUGUUAUUAAAUAUGGACAAUUAAUUUAAAAAAAAUUAAUUUGAAUAAUUGAUUGACCGGGGACAGGUUAGAUGGACAUCAUAUAAAUUGAUGGGAGAAUCUGUUUUGUUUGGUGAUUUCUUCGACAUGAGUGAGCACGGAUCAGUUCACAGAGUUUACCGACCUCUAGCAGACCAGAACAAGCUGGUGAGAGUGCUGGAGGAGUACCACAUGAGACUUAACAUGGGAGAAAUAGUAAGUUGUCAGCUGCCAUUGGGUUUUAUGCCACUAACAAAUAAUUGAAUGAAAACCUUUUAAGGAGUGAGUUUCAUGAAAGUCUACAAUGUUUUUAACAAAAGUAAUUUUUGGUCCCUAGACUGACCAGCUGGUGUUUUUUAAAGAGGCCGUUGAACAUGUUGUACGAGCUGCGAGAGUUUUCCGACAACCUGGAGGCCAUCUUCUGCUGGUAUGUUCUGAAGGAGACAAAAUUGUGGAUUUAUUUAUGAAACACUUAAGUUCUAAACCAGCAACUUUGAAAUUCUUUGCUCACUAACUUUGAACAUUCUUUGCUCACUAAUUCAUUAACCACUGAAUGUUUCUUCUUUCCCACCCAUGUCAUUUAAAUAAAACUAGUUUAUACAUUUUUUUUAAACCUCUGAGUCUUUUAGUACAGACAUCCAGUACAUAACUGUAUUUACCCGCAGCUCAUACAAAUGUUUCACUUAUAAAUUUAUAGGUUGGUCUCGAUGGAACAGGGAAAUCUACCAUUGUUCACCUGGCCAGUUACAUUGGCAACUGUGAGAUGUACCGUCUGAAGCUCCACAACCAAUAUGGAGCAUCUGAGUUCCGUGAUGACCUGAAGGCUUUAUUCAAGAGAGCAGGGGUGAAAGGCAUCCCAACAGUUUUUCUGUUGACAGACGCAGACAUUGUCAAGGUGAGUUCUGGAACUUUGAAAUCGGUUGAACAGAGAAGAAUGUUUUUGAUGAAAAAAGAGUUUACUCUCCUUGACCAAUAUCGAAACUAAAUGUAAUAGCAUCAUGUUCAGAAUGAAGAUAUGAACAUUAAAAAAUUAAAAUUCUGCUCAACUUCCUGUCUUAGGAAUCUUUUCUAGAAGACAUCAACUGUAUUCUCAACUCAGGAGAAGUUCCAGAUCUUUUUGACAAUGAAGAGCUUGAUGGGAUCACCAUGGAGCUGAAAGCUGCGGCCAGUGAAGCUGGCAUCCCCGAUACACGGGCGUCUGUGUACGCAUUUUUCAUUCAGCAGAUUCGACAGAAGUUGCAUGUUGUUCUGACCAUGAGCCCAGCAGGUUGGAUAAUUUAUUUCAUGAAUUUCUAUGAUUUAUAUUGUUUUAUUUUAAGGGGUACAAAAAUGUUAAUAUAAAAUAGUUUUUAGAAGAAAUGUUAUAUAGCAAUGCUUUUUGUUGUUCAAACGAAAAAGAAAAAAUUAUGCAAAUUAGUCUAAUUUCAUUUAUCAUGUUAAAUAAAACUAAAAUACGCUUAUACUUAAUAGACAUAAUUUUAAAAAUCGCAAUAGAUAUACAUUAUUUAUUAUAUAAUGUUGACUAUGUCAGGUGAGAGAUUUCGUCAGCGUUGUCGUAUGAAUCCUGCCCUCAUCAACUGCUGCACCAUUGACUGGUUUGAUGAAUGGACAGAUGAGGCCAUGUUGAGUGUUGCCAAAGUUUUUUUUGCUAACACAGAGUUCAUAGCCAAUGAAUCUCGAUAUAACAUAGAGGUAAUCAGUUAGUCACUCUUCCUUUGUAGGAAAUUUGUUUAAUCAAUGCCUUCUGUGUUGUGCUUUGCCCAGAUUUUAGCUUUUAAAAUUUGUCAGCACUGAUUUGAUGAGUUAUCAAUUUAUUUUCUGUGAGAAUGCAUAUAUGAAAGUAAAUAAAUGAUCAGUUUCACUAAAAACAUGUAUUACACAUGUAUUAUCUCCAUUGGUGAUAUUUAGGAACUAAAAGAACGAGUUGCAAACAUCUGUGUAGGAAUACACAAAAGUAUUGCAGACAUGAGUGUCAGAUUCUGGGAGGAAACCAGACGGCGGUACUACUCUACUCCCAGUUCAUACAUGGAGCUAAUCAGACUGUACGCACGAAUGCUCAAAGACAAUAAAAUGGAGUUUAUGGACAACAGGUUGGUACCAACUGCAUAUGACCAAAGAUGUCUUUGCAUUCUCUGUUUGACCAAUUCAACUACUGGGCAGUCCGUUAAAGUAGUGUUGAGGUUGGGUUUGUUAUUGUAGUUACAAUUUCUUGAAUUCUGCUUGACGUCCCAAGAACAAAAUAAAUGGACGACAAGAAAUGUUUCUUUAUUUUCAACAGGAAUCGACUUCAGGCCGGCUUGAUGACCUUGACCAAUGCCUACUCCAUGGUUGGAGCUAUGCAGGAAGAGUUGGUGUCCUUGGGACCUAUCAUUGAGGCUAAAGCUAAAGUAAGAACAAAUAUUUUUUUUUUUUAGGACUUCUUUAAAACAUUGGUUUGUACAUCUUGACUGCACUCUAGUGAAAGCUUUUCUUUUUGAUUUUAAAAUAAAUUUUCUCAGUCCUCAUUUGCAAACUGGUACUUCCAUAAAUUUGCCUAGUCUACUUUCCUCCAGUUGCCUAGUCUACUUUCCUCCAGUUGCCUAGUCUACUUUCCUCCAGUUGCCUAGUCUACUUUCCUCCAGUUGCCUAGUCUACUUUCCUCCAGUUGCCUAGUCUACUUUCCUCCAGUUGCCUAGUCUACUUUCCUCCAGUUGCCUAGUCUACUUUCCUCCAGUUGCCUAGUCUACUUUCCUCCAGUUGCCUAGUCUACUUUCCUCCAGUUGCCUAGUCUACUUUCCUCCAGUUGCCUAGUCUACUUUCCUCCAGUUGCCUAGUCUACUUUCCUCCAGUUGCCUAGUCUACUUUCCUCCAGUUGCCUAGUCUACUUUCCUCCAGUUGCCUAGUCUACUUUCCUCCAGUUGCCUAGUCUACUUUCCUCCAGUUGCCUAGUCUACUUUCCUCCAGUUGCCUAGUCUACUUUCCUCCAGUUGCCUAGUCUACUUUCCUCCAGUUGCCUAGUCUACUUUCCUCCAGUUGCCUAGUCUACUUUCCUCCAGUUGCCUAGUCUACUUUCCUCCAGUUGCCUAGUCUACUUUCCUCCAGUUGCCUAGUCUACUUUCCUCCAGUUGCCUAGUCUACUUUCCUCCAGUUGCCUAGUCUACUUUCCUCCAGUUGCCUAGUCUACUUUCCUCCAGUUGCCUAGUCUACUUUCCUCCAGUUGCCUAGUCUACUUUCCUCCAGUUGCCUAGUCUACUUUCCUCCAGUUGCCUAGUCUACUUUCCUCCAGUUGCCUAGUCUACUUUCCUCCAGUUGCCUAGUCUACUUUCCUCCAGUUGCCUAGUCUACUUUCCUCCAGUUGCCUAGUCUACUUUCCUCCAGUUGCCUAGUCUACUUUCACUUCUGACAUAAGUCCAGUUGACCAGUCUACUUUCACUUCCACCAUAAGUUGAGGCUGACCGAAUUUCGGUUUUGGCGCAGAAAGUUGCCAUUUGAUCACUUUCUGUGUAGUUUCAGUUUUGGCUGAAACAGAAAAAUUAACAUUCAGGUUAUUUUUUGUUUUAGCCAAAGGUGAUUGAGGCUUUCAGUCAUCUACCAGAAGUCAGACUCUCACUAUAUCUGGCUGUCAGCAGGCAAUCUGAUAUUCAUUAUUGCUGGACGUUUUGCUCUCGGUGUAUGAUAUAUGACUAAUCCUCUGCGAAUACUGCUCACAGCUAUAUGAUGAAUUACUUUUCAAAGAUAAAAUUUCAGAAUACUAGGUUUAUUCAAUUCAUUCAUUUGUGACAUUCAUUUUGAUUUAUUAUUUUAAUGCUCAUAAAUUAAUGUUGUCAUAGGGCAAAGGUGAAUAGUAUUGUGCAAAAAAAUAAUCCUAGGGAAUGGUAACAUUUCCAUUAUUAUUUUUGUUUUAAAUUUUAAAAAAAGUUAAAUUAGGGAACCUUAGGCUUAUUCAAAUCAUUCAUUUAUUGAAAUUCAUCAUUAUCAUGCUGAUUAACAUUCUCUAUGACGUAAUAAAAAUAUUUCACAAAAUUUAGUAUUAGUAUAAAAAUAUAAUGUAUUUCAAUUUUGUAUGAUUAGGCAAAUAAUAGCCUUUAAUUUAAAUAAAAAAUCUACACACGAGUGCAUGUAUCAUUUUUUAAAAUAUUAAUUAUGUAGUAGGUCUACUGUAUUAUCAUACUAAACAUAGCUCAACAUUAGUUCAAUUUUUGUUUAACAUGGGUCAAUAAUAAAAAUAUCCAAUAUAUGAUAAUAGCGGAUAAAUGAAAAAUCUAAAUGUUGACCAAUAAGAAAGCGUGUUUCAAUGAAAAUAUGGUUUAAUAGAAUAAAGAGUAUCCUCAAGGCUUAUGUGUGGACAUUUUAGUGGACCAUACCAAUAAAAAGUACAUAGGCUAAGCUUUUGAUCAUUACCAAAUAUGUCUAGACAGCAUUGUAAUUAAAUUAUAAAAGCCAAGGGUCUAUUUUGCAUGAAUUGUGCCCCCCCCCCACCACACACACCCAAAGUCAAAGGUUCCUCUUACCAUACUACUUUUAAAUACAUUUUUAAAAACUCUAAAUUAAUUUUUUAUUCAAAUAGUAAAAUCCUAAAUUUUCAUUAGAUGUGUAUCUAUUAAAAUUCACGAUAAUCUCAUUUUUAAUAAAAAGAAUAUAAUUAUUGAUACUUUCCACCAUCAUUUUCGACAUAGGCAGAACGUUUGGGUGAACAAGUUUUGAAAUAUCUAAAUCUUUCAGCUUCUGUUUCAGAUUCAGCCAAAAGUCUCGUUAAGCUUUUGGUUUCGGCUUUAGUUUUGGCUGAAAGUCAUUUUAAACUUUUGGUUUGGUUUCAGCUUUAGUUUUGGCUGAAAGUCAUUUUAAACUUUUGGUUUGGUUUCGGGUCUGGCCAAAAUCAGAAAAUCACAAUGAUUGGUCCCUAACCAUAAGUCCAGUUAACUAUUCUACUUUUCUCCUGUUGGCUACUGUGUUAGAUUUUCCCUUUGUCUUUGUUUCAUUGUAUCUAUUAUCCUAAUUUUUUUUUAUUUGGGAUCAGCUAACCCUAAUUCCCAACACUCCUUCUUUAUCCUGACUUGGAAUAGGGUGUUCCUCACAAGGCUGCUACAUGUGGAAUUGAUUUCAAAAUUAAUAUUCACUUUAUCAGUCAAACUUGUUGGAAGCAAUUUUAGAUUUUAUUUAUUUUUUUGAAUAUUUUUUAGAUAACAUUACUUCAUAACGUUUAGGAUGUCACUUAGUAGAAGGACACAAAUUUCAACUUUUCUUGAUUUCAGGAUACAGAGAUAUUGCUGCAACAGUUAGAGGAGGAUCGUCUGGCUGCCAAGGAGGUAGAAGAUAUUGUAUCUCAGGAGGAGAGCAUCAUGGCUAAGGAGAUGAAAAUUGUACAGGAUUAUGCUGAUGUAAGGGGAAGUGAUGAAUACAUUAAAGAAUUUGUCAGGGAUUCUCAUUAGUGGUAGGAAGGGGUGCAGGCUGGUUAAAUUAAUUGUCAAGUAGGAGAUCAGAAUUUCAUAUUUCUAUUUGACAUUCCAGGAAUGUGAGUCAGAUCUGGCUGCUGUACUGCCAGUUUUAAGAGAUGCAGUGGCCUCCCUUGAAACAUUAGACAAAGCUUCCAUAUCUGAAAUCAGGUUUGUUUAUAAUUAUUUGUAAAUAAAUUGUUUUAAAAAGCAAGAGUCUCUACAUUUUAAUUUAACCAAAAAAACUUCAACCUUGUGUUUGUGUGCCAAGUCAAACUGUGAUACUUUGUUAUGUGUUUGCUUCAUGUGUUGCUCUAUAACAGGGUGUCCAACCUUUAAGUUUCUCUGGGCCACACUGGAUGGAAGAAGAGUUGUUUUAGGCCACAUAUAAAUAACAAUCACACUAAUUAUAGCUGAUGAGCUUAAACAUAGAAUAUAAUUAAGUAAUUCAAACUUUUUAGAUUUAUUAUAAAUUCAUCAUAAUGCAAGCUUGCAUUGUGAAAUAAGUGUGAUGUUGGACAUCAUUUUUAAUAAAUUAAUGCUUUGAUAUUAUGUACGAUAGACAUAGUUGCAAAUUCUCAGUGAGUUCUCAAAGAGCUCUUCAGAUAUUUUUGUUCUUGUUUUAUUGUUCAUGUGCGUUCAUCCUUGAAAAAAAGCUUAUCACAAAUCUAGGUGCUUCCAGACAGAAAUGAAAUAAAUAAAGCAUGAUUGUGAAGUGAGGGAUAUGUUUCUCUGGGACGAAAUAGCUUUAAAAAAUUCAGUAAAGAGACAUAUUUUCAUUGUUCACAGGACAAUGUAUAGCCAAUGUGUCAAAAUGCAUACAAAUGUUUGCUUUGAUUUGAGAUUGCUAUAAAUCUAUUUUCAUCUUGAACACUGUUAUAGUUUGAAAUAUUGAAUUGAUCAGCUUACAGAUGCUUGUUUAACUCAACAGAUAAAAUUUAACUAAUUUUAAUGAGCGUUCAACUAUACUAACAAUUUCAAAUAUGUGAGCCAGUUUUCAUCAUCAAGCUCUUGCCAAAUUUUGUUUUAGAUAAAUGACUUGAUUUCAUUUCAACUUAAUCAUCUUACUUCCGAAAAUUAAAUGAUGCCCCAUAGUCAGCAUCCAUGCAUUUAAGGAAUUCCAGGAUUUGGAAGUGUCAAUCCCUUGCCCUUUUGAAAUUUACAGCCUUAAUGACAGUCUGUAGGACAUUAUCCAUCUUUAAAACUGUUCUCUGCCCCCAGGGUUUACACCAAGCCCCCACAGCUGGUGUCCACUGUCAUUGCCGCUGUCUGCGUCUUGUUCCAGAAAAAGACUGAUUGGGCCACAGGGAAGCUUUUCCUUGGGGAUCCCCAGUUUCUUAAAAUGUUGCUCACUUUUGACAGAAAUAAUCAACCAGAAAAGGUCAGUGGUGUUAAAUAUUCAAAUAAGAUCUAAAUGAAAGCACAUCAUUUAUUUUCUACAAAGAAAUUAGGAAACAAAACAUAAUUUUUUAAAAAGUACCAACAUUUUGAAUUAAUUAAGUUGAAAACUGGGGAAUUAUUUCCUUCAAACCUCUGCACUGUUAAAACUACCUGUUGUUAAAACACCCUUUGCCACCACUUUUAAUUACUUCUGAUUAUAAAAUUUAACCAUGUAUUCUUAAAUGAUUGGUUAAUUAGUUACUCAUCAACUUUUGAUAGAUUAAAAAGCCUCUUUGGGACUAUUCAAAUAAGUAGUUGAAUGUGAUACACAAACAAACCAAACUAUACCAAAACAUUGUUACACAUAACCCAGUGGUUAAGUCAUUAAAAUCACAGAAGAUAUAAUGCAGUGAUUCGGAUUCUAAUGCACGACCGUCAUCAUCAAGGCUCAAUUUUCUUUGGAAAAAAUUAGCAGAGGGCAUUAGCUCUUCUUGUUAGUAUAUGAGAUCUUUCAUAUUAAAUGAUUUGAAGGUUGGUAAAAUAACAUUUGAUUAACCAUUGAGUACCCUAUAUGUACAUAAAUAUCGAAAUAUAAAUCCAAAAGGGACUGUGCACUCUCCAAAAGUUUAAAGUUACAUUGAAACCAGUCCUCUAUUCAAAUAUUGCAGGUGUAUGCCAAACUUAAAAAGUUUACGAAAGAUCCCAACUUUAACCCUGAGGCUGUGGGUAAAGUGUCCUUGGCUUGUAAGUGUAUCUGUCGAUGGGUCCUUGCCAUUGAUAACUACAACACUGUUUAUAAGGUUGGUGGAUUCACACACACAAAAAUCAAAUAUUUGUUUAAUGUCUUAGCACACUUAGCACAUCAAAUUGUAUUAUUUUUACUAUUAGCAAUACUUAAAUACAAUAAAAUAUAUACUAUUUUAAAAAUGUUUUUAAGGUUAAAACAAGUUAUUUUGAAUAUGAAUCCUAGCAAUAUCCCCACUUUGAAAUAUUUAAUGUCUAGCCAUAAUGUGUCAACACUGGUGAAUCCAUGGAGUUAAUGAACACAAUCAGUUUAAAAAUAUGAACUUCAACUCUCCGUUUUGAUAAAAGAAAUUACAUCAAAUAUUUUGAUAAAAUAUAUUACAUAAAAUAAUCACAACCAUAGACUUUAAUAAGACCUAUAUAAAUUUUAUUUUCAAUAUUAAAAAAAUUUGAUUUUUAAGAAUGUUUUGUAAAUGCAGAUGGUAAAACCAAAACAGAGGAGAGUUCAAGAUGCCAGGGAGGCGUUGCAGCUGGCACAGGAAAGUUUGGCCAAGAAACAAAGCAGCUUGAAAAAGGUUUUUUACCAAGUUUUGUUUUCAUUAUUUUCAGGUUAAACAUUUGUUCUAUUUUUUUUAAGCAUCUGGCGGGAAAAAAAACAGAUUUAGAUUCAUGACUUGGUGAUGUUGAUCUACUACCAUCCAUAUGAAAAUUAGUUUUCUCUAAGUUAAAGAAAAAUCCCAAAAUUUAUCUACCCACUCUAAUAUUAAUUGUACUUCUACAUUUUUUUGGUACAAUAUUAGAUUCAGGCACACCUUGAAGUCAUUCAACAACAAUAUCAAGAAAGUGUUGAUCAGAGAGAAGCACUUAAGGAGAGGCGGAGAGUUACUGGACUUCGACUUGAUAGAGCUUCCAUUUUGAUAUCUGCUCUUGCAGAUGAGGAGGUUAAUAACAGUACUUAAAAAUAUUUUUGUAAGAUUGUAAGGGCACUAUUAUUUAUUCACAUUUCCAGCCUGUCACUUUUGAGAAAACUUUUAUGAAAAUAUUACAUGAGAAAUUAUCAGACUAAUUUACCAGUGAUCAGAAUUCAUCCAUAAAUAUUGAUUUUAAAAGUACAUGAUGCAAACAAACUCUUCUGUUAAGUCCUUAAUCUUUUCUUUUAAAGUAUUCCUUUUAUGUUAACUCCUAGAUCUUUUGAUUAUUUUCAGGUACGUUGGGCCCAGUCCGUCAAGUUCCUUGAUGUCAAACUUGAAGGCAUUAUAGGUGACACAUUGAUAUCAGCAGCCGCUGUAGCCUACCUGGGAGCAUUCACUGCCCACUACAGACAAAUUUUGUUGAAUGAGUGGGUCCACAUGUGUGAAAAGAAAGAUAUCCCUAUAUCCAAAGAUUUUGAUAUUAUCCAGAGCAUGGUGGAUAUUAAUCAGGUAUGCUUCAUAUCUUAGAUAAUUUAAAAUAAAUUUCACAAAGAAAGGAUUUAGGUUAUGAUGCCAGGAAUCAGGAGCAGUCAACUCUUUGGAUAAAUGAAGCAGAUAUACAAGCUAAGGGACCUCACAUGGUGAUGACAACCUAUUGAUGGGCCUAAAUGUAAAGAUGUGAUGUUGCUGGCCAGAGCCUUUUUUUUGGCUGUAGCACCAUUUAUAAAAAUUGCACAUUAAAAUUAUUUUUUAAUGGAAAUAAUUACAGUUUAAAGGAUGGACAUAGAGUUUGUAGAGUAAAUGAAAGCAAAUAAAAAGCUAAAUCCUAAGCUAAAAAUAAAACAAUCAAAAUUAAACUAUUUAAAUCAGAUUUUGAGAUGUAAUUUUUGCUUGUCACAUCAUCAGUUAUCAUUUGUUUUUUUCAAACUGAUAAAUAAACUUUGAAAAAUUAUAUUAUUUCUUGCAUUUUCUGAUCUGAUCUCAUUAAUUUUCUAAAACAUAAACAAAAAUUUCAGGUGAUGAAAUGGCACAACAAUGGCCUCCCCAGAGACAAACUGUCUACAGAAAAUGCCACAUUUGUUAGUCGAUCCCGCAAGUGGCCUCUUUUUAUUGAUCCUCAGGGACAAGCUGGCAGGUACUUGGUGUCUCACAUGCUCAUUAUCACAUGAUGUUUGUGGAUCUGUAUUAAGAGACAUAAUGUUUAUCUUUUCAUAGACAACAUAAAAGAAAUUAUUUUAUUUUCUGAGUGGGAAAUUGUUAUGGAAUACAGAAUUAUGGUUAAAUUUUCUUGCAGGUGGAUCAGAGAGAUGGAGAAAGAUCGUCUGAAAAUUGUGACAGGAUCUGAGUCAAACUUGAUGCGCACCAUAGAGACUGCCAUUAAGGUUGGAGAUCCAGUUCUGCUGUCGGUAAGUCAAGUGAACCACAAAUAAUUUAUUAACUUAUAAAAACUAUUUCGAACUAUUCUCAGGUUUAGAUGUAAUGAUGUCUUCUGUACACAUAAUAGGAUGUUGGGGAGGAGCUGGACCCAGCCUUGAGGCCAGUACUGUUACAGGAGACUUACCACAAGGGAGGUCAACUUGUCAUGAAGAUUGGAGAUGUGGAAAUAGAAUACAAUCAAAAUUUUAGGUAAUUAAAAUAUUAAAACAAAAUGGGCCCAAAGUAGAAUCAUAUUACUAUACUAUUUAAUAUUUAGUUGUUUAGACAUAUGUUUUUAUACCUGCUAGAAAUGACUUUUAAAUACCUUUAUUUAACUGUAUUAUAAUUUAUUUCUGUAAAAGUUACAGCUAUUUGAUACAUGAGAGGAAUUAUUCAAGCGCCGAAUCAUGUAUUAUAUAUUAAGAUAUAUGUCUGUUAUAGCUUAUCUUAACUAAACUAUUCCGAUGUGUCUCAUUCCUUAGGCUCUAUCUGGCAACUGCUUUGGCAAACCCACAUUACUUGCCAAGCAUUUAUUUGGAGGUGAAUGUCAUAAAUUUCACAGUUACAUUUGAUGGCCUUCAGGAACAGUUGCUCUCUGUAGUUGUAAAACAGGUGUGAUUUUUCAAUGUAUCUUUUUUUAUAACUACACACGACUACCACAAACAACUCGAAGCUCACUUUAUUUAAUAUUGUUUUAUUUUGUGAUAUCUCUUCCAAGGUUAAUUAUAAAAAUAUAGAAUUUUUUGUCUUUAAUUUUUAAUAUCUAUUUUGUAUAUUUUGCAUAUAGGAGAGGCCUAUUCUUGAGAAACAAAGAAUCCAGUUGUUAGAGAGUAUAGCAAAUGAUAAACAAGCUCUGAGAGAUCUGGAGGACAAGUCACUCUCUAUGUUACAGAAGACUGAAGGUCAUUUCCUGUACAACUCAUUUACAUUUUGUUACACUUGAACAAUUAUGAUAACUCUAAAUCUUAAUCCAACACCAUCUAUCAUUUGAAAAAUACCAUUAAUUCCAUCUAAUAUUACAUGUUUCAUAAUCAAUAAUUAAAUAAACAUUUGGCUUUUUUUGCUCACUUUAUCACUUCUUUAUACUUCAGUCAUUAUCACAAAUGUUUUUAUUUUUAAAAAAAUGUUGUAAUCACGUUUUUAAAAAUUUUUACUUGCAUGAAUCUAUAAACACAUUCCAUAAACACAGUCUAUAGCAUAUUGCAAUAAACUACUCUAUAACAUAUUAUUUCAUUAACAUAUCCCACGCCAGUACUAACAUGUCUCAAGAUGUUAUUCGCAAAUUGCAAGCUACAAUCAACAUAUCUGAUCUCAAACUACUAUCAACAUUAUUCAAAUUUUUCAAAUCCCCCCCCCCCCUCUUCCACUCCACAGGCCACCUUCUGGAUGAUGAAGAUUUGGUCCUGACCUUACAACAGAGUAAAGCCAAAUCACAAGAAAUCUACAUAAUUUUUCAAACCCCCCCCCCCCCCUCUUCCACUCCACAGGCCACCUUCUGGAUGAUGAAGAUUUGGUCCUGACCUUACAACAGAGUAAAGCCAAAUCACAAGAAAUCUACAAAAGAGUGGCUGAGUCAGAGGAAACAGAAAAACACUUAAAUCUGGCUCGUAAAAGAUAUUUACCAGUAAUUAAUGUUUAACCAAGUUUUUCAUUUUAAGUUUAAUUCAUUAGUAUGAUUUUUCUCAACUAAGUCCUUUAGAAAUAAGAAUGAAGUCUGGAGCACACAGUAAAUGAAAAGAGGCUUUGACAGGUUGUGACAUCUAACAAAACAUAAAAAAUUAAAAAAAAAGUAUUGUUAGGAACCUUAAUAGAAAUAUCUAGUUCCAUUUAUUUUGCUACAUUCUUGAUUAUUGGGGUUACAAUUUGUGGUGUUAUGGAAGUUGUUAGGUUAAAAAGUGAAUUGUGUAAUUUAAUAGCUUGAUUAGUUUUCCACUGAUUUGUGAAACAUUUUAAAAUGUAGGUUGCCACCCGUGGAUCUGUCAUCUACUUUGUGAUUGCUGAAUUAUCCAACAUUGAUGUCAUGUAUCAGUUUUCUCUCACAUGGUUCCAGUCCAUGUUUUCAACAUGCAUUGUUGAUAGUUCUGGAGGCAAUUACUUUGCAAGUGGAGUGCUCCGACCUUCUAGUGCCAAGACAAUUAGAUCUAUGAACAAUGAUCAUCAAGGUAUUUUCUGUCUGCUUUGUGAAAACUUUGUGAAAUGUAAAACUAGGUAUUUAAUCUGUUGGUCUUCAUAACCAUUUUUUCUCUCUAUUCACUACUCUUUUAGCCUAAAGUUUAAAAGAAGCAGCUCACAUUUGAAAUGAUAACUAUGACUGAUAGCUAAUUUCAUCUUGUACAAAAUGCUUUAAAGGAAUGAGUAAUGAUUGAACAAAAUUUGCAAAACAUUGUUUGCCAUAUGAUUAAACUUAUUAUUAUUUCUCAUCAAUAAGCUAAAAUAUGAUUAUAGGAUUAGUCAUAUUAAUCUCCGCUUUAACUCUUGUCAUGUAAUAUUUUAAUUAUGACUCCCCUAGAUGAAGAUCCUCUGAGGAAUCUCCAUAAUAGUGAUAGCAAAGAUAAACUUAUGGUGCACUUGGCUUCAAUGAUUGAACGGCUGACUUACAACAUCUACAGGAUUGUGUCUGUUGGUCUCUUCUCUAACCACCAACUAAUUUUUUCAUUCAUGCUUUGUUCCAGUAUAAUGAGGGUAAAAUUGCUUGAUAAAAAAUUCCAGUUUUAAUUAAAAUACAUUUUGGGGCUUUUAUGUUUCAUACAAAGUAUAUUUCAUCCAUUAAAAAAUACAAAAUUGUUUCACUAUUUAUGGAAUAAGAAUUUUUUUUACUUUCUCCUGUCAUUUGACUGGUUGUAAUGAAUUUUUACAUUCUUUAAUAAUACCUAAACAAGAAGCUAAUUCUAGUUCCUGAAAUAAAUUAUUAAAUUUCACUAGGAUCACCUUCACCUUUAAAAAUUAUUAUCAUAAAAUGUGUAUAAAAUUCAAACUUGUUAUGUUCUUUUGGUAGAAAAAUAAUAUAUAAACUUGUAAUUUGUGAAAACCUUUGAAAAAAAUUUGAGUUUUCAUAACGUUUGUUUGUGUCGAUAUAUAAUUUUUUCUAUUUGGAUCAGUUUUCAAAUAAAAAAACUUCUAAAAAUCAUGUGACUGUAAUGUGCAUAUGAAUCAAGGCCAGAACAUUUAUCAGUCUUUAUAACAAGAAAUUAUCAGUGAAUACAAUAAAAUAUUCUGCUAUCUUACUUUCAGGCCAACACAAAAGAAGAGGACAAAGUCUAUCAAAUGGAGACUAUCCUUGACAAUGAAUGGCACAUAUUUCUACAUGGCAAUGUUGCUGCUGCCUUACAUGCCAAAGAAAAGGGUAAACACACAAAUUAAAACAACUCUUUCAUGCCUUUUUCUUUCCCUUAGAUCAAGGGUUCCCAACCUGUGCUUUGCAGAGCCCUAAGAGCUCAGCUGGCACUUCUCCCUGGCCACUCCAGAAAACUCAUGAAGACUAUUAUCUUGUAUGAAAUAGGUUAGACCUAAGGGGCACCCCCACAGAAAUAUAUCUAAAAAGGGGCUCUGUGAGUCAACAAGGUUGGGAACUCUUGCCUUGCGUUAGAUAAAUUUAUUGAUUAAAUUUCUUUUUAAAAAAAAAUCAUUUGAAGCAUUUACAAUACAAUGUUGUUUAUAUGAUUCACUAUCUACAUUUAAAUUAUAGUCUUUAAUAACUAUUUUCAUACUAUUUACAGAUGAAUCAGAAAAAGAUGAGGAUAUCCCCACUGAAAAUAUUCCAGAAAAACCAGAGAAUAGAAAGGGAAGUAAACCCAAAAGCAGUAAGGGAAAUAAGUCAGCAUCAUCACAGAGCAAGCUUGGCCCCAACUGGAUCACAGAUUCGGUCUGGCGACAGUGCCAAUACAUGGAGAACAACAUUCCAAAUUUUAAACUCCUGUGUUCAAGUUUGUCCAACAAUGAAGAGCAAUGGGAAGAGUUUAAAACAUGUGAAGACGUUUUUCACUUAACUGGCCAACCUUAUGUGCCAGGUAACUAAAUGGUUAAAAUUGUAGACUUUAUAAAUCUGAAGUCCAAGCAAACAAUAAAAUAAUAUUUCACCUGAUAAUAGGGAAUCCUAUUUUGUAUUGAAUGUAUAUUAUUUCUGAUAAUAUUAUUUUUUAUCAUAAUAGUACCAGAAGUGAAAUAUGUUGCCAGAUGUUUAUUAUUAAUAAAGAAAUUUGUAUCCAUAUUUAGCACCAACUUGUGACACAGCUACAAUUUUUCAAUGGCAAAAUUUGACAAAGUUUCAACGUUUAUUGCUCAUCAAGACUCUGAGAUUAGAGGUAUUGCCUGCUUCAAUCUCAUUGUUUAUUCAAGACCAACUUGGGAUCAAGUAUAUAACUACAGGAACAUUUGAUCUCAGAGAGAUUUACAAUGAAUCAAUGGCAAAGUCACCAUUGAUAUUUAUCUUAUCUCCUGGUAAGUAGGUGUUACGUUAAUUGAUUUAUUCAUAAACUUGUCGUUAAAGCAUGGUAGUUGAACCCUCUGGUCCUGAUGGCCCGAAAUUAAGAUUAUAAUUAAUUAUUUAAAAGAUGAAAAUAUAGAAAGAAAAACAUUGCUGGAGUUAGUGUUUAUAACAGUGCUUUAGUGCAUUUUGUGACAAAAAAAAACCCUUUCACCUAAAAAUGUUUUUGGUGACCCUAUGUUUCAUAAUGGAAUCCCAAAGAAAUUUUUUAAAAAUGUAUAUAUUUUUUUCAUUCCUAAAUAUAAAAGAGGUAUUUUGAUAGCUGUAAAUCAGAAUGCAAAUAAGUGCUUUAAGUUUAAGUAUUUAAAUAAUAAUAGCACCAUGUGCACUCUGAUUUAUAUUACACAUAAAUUUAUUUUAUAUCAUGCCAUAUUUUGCUAAUGGAAAAUGUAUCUUUCAUAAUCAAGAAUAAAUGUAACAUUAUAGUGCUUGGAUAAAUUCAUCAUAUGUUACAACUAUUUUUAUGUGUUACUUUUCUGAGUUACCAGUGAAUAUUUUAAAUGAAAAUAAAGACUUAAACCCUAAUACAAAAUAAGUAUGUCAAUAUAUUUUCAUAAACUUAUUUUGUUAUGAAAUUCAAUAAUUCUAUUGAAACUCCUCAUAUAGUUCAAUAAUGAAUCCUAAAUGUUAUUCUAAAACAUUUUAUAACUUCAGAGUUAUAUUGGUUUUAAAGCACAACUGGACUUAAGUGGAAUGUUUUAUCAAUUGUAUUGGAGGAUUGUUAUAAGUUACAUACAGCAAAAAUAAAAUGAUUUCAUUUAGAUAUUCUCCCUAAUUUUGAACUCCCAUUUUCACAUUUCCUUUACACACAAUUUUCCUGUGUAAUUUGUAUGUCGACCAAAUAGUUUUUACUGUGUGAUAUUAAAACAUGCUUUUAACAUUUAAUAUGAAUUUUUCCUAAUUAAAAUAAAUUGAUUCUUCUGGCACAAUUUUAGCCGGCUACAUUUAUAAAAAAAUGUGAGCUUUGUGUUGGGCAAUAUUUUAUAAAUAUAUAUAUGUAUAUAUAUAUAUACAUACUAUAUUUUUAAACUUAAUAUUUUUAAAGUAAUAUAAGGAUUUUAAAAUUGCUUAAAUUAACAGGAAAUUUUGAAAAAUUUUAAGAAUAUCAAUAGGCUUGAAAAUAGCUUCGUUUGUAUUUAUAAAAACUUGCUGAAUGGUUCAUUAAAGUUAAAAUUGCAUGAUUUCCAAUACUUAGUGUAGCCGAGUGGUGACGUAGCUUACAGUUUAAAUAAAAUCACAAUAAAACAAUCAGGUCUGAGAACUAUAGCUUUUUAAUGUAAGGUUCAAUCCGUUGAUAGAGCUGACAGUAAAAUCUCUCACAUAUGCCGCCGACCCGACGCAUCCAUUCCACACCACAAUCUCAAAAAUGUACACACCUCAAGUCCCAGUUCACCCCCCCCCCCCCCACCCCCCAAAACAGUCACAGGGAACCCGCGUCCCAAGCUGACCAUGGGUCAACCCCGGGGCAGGGAUGGUUAUUCCAACGUGUAAAUAACCAACAUAAAAUUUAAGGCCCAGUACACAGCUGUGUGUUACUUUAAAUGACCAUGUAUGUGUACGUGCUUGAGGUUACCCAUAGCAGUCACACUAUGACUAUGAGAGUGGAUUCUCUUAUUCCUAUCUAUUGCCUACUGCCGCAAAUAAAAUGUUACCUAAAAGCAGUUGCAAAUAGUGGCACAUUGCCACAUAAGCAUUGUUUAUUCUUAUGAAAUAAAAGAGUAGGGUCAAAUGUCUUUACGUAUAUUAUUUGUGUGAAACAAAAAUUUGGCCAGGUUUUCUAAAACUUGCUUUUAUUAAGAUGUUUAUUUAUCUAGAUGUGAGUAAUUUUUCAUCUCCCUUUGACUAUUUGUACUUGUUUCUAGGUGAAGGUAAGAGUAUGAAAUUCACUUAUGAAGAUUAAAUUAGUUUUUCUUUAUAUACAUUAUAAUAUUUGUUUCUAUAUAUUUAUAGAAUAUAUUUAACUAUAUGUAAUUUUGUUGGGUAGCAACUUUGAGAUUAUUCAUAACAACCUGUUCACAUCUUCCUUAUUUCAUAACAAUCUAUAGGUCACCAAUUCAAAAUUUUUUUGCAAGUUUAAAAAAAUAUAAAACCUACGUUAGUCUUAUUAAGUUAUAGUUCAUGUUAAAUUUCAUUUAAAUUAUAUCAAUACUCACAAAUUCUUACAGAAACUGUUGUUUUUUCGUGUUUGAGUUGAUGUUUGAGAAAUAAUUGAAGUUUAUAAAGCAUGAAAAGCUAUGCAUGUACUAUAGUCUGUUUUUAUUUAUUUUUUAACAUAAAUUCUAAUCUUUUAAUUUUUACUUGUCUAUCUUAAACUAAAUAACUUUUCAAUUCUUUACUUGUCUUUUUUCCUCUUCAUCUUAAGAUUUAAAAACUUCAGCUAAAUAACUAGCAAUCAUGGGGAAAUGAAAUAUGGGUAAUAAGUAUUACCAUAUGAAUUUAAAAAAAAAACAACUCUUGCUAUUUUUUGUCUUUACUUUUUCAUUGUGGAUUUAAAAAGAAACAAUUAUAACCGAGAGAAUUUACUAUUAACUUGGAAUUAAUAAUUUAUAAUAAUACCAUUUGCAUAUGGAAAUGAAAAAAUAAUUUUAAUAAAGUAUGCUAUAUAAUAUAUUGUGUACAAUUUUGUUAUUCUUUAAAGCAAAAAGUCAAAUUUUCAUAACUUUAGUAUAAACACUUUAACUGUUAGCUGAUGCUUGAACAAUAAUUGUCUUUAGGAUGUGAUCCCUCUGGUCAACUGCUCAGGUUUGCAAAGGAACUUAGGGGCAGCAUUCUUCACCUUGAUAUGAUCUCCCUUGGAAGAGGUCAAGGUCCUAAGGCUGAAGAGCUCAUAUCUAAGGCACAGAUUCUGAAAGGAAGAUGGGUGUUUUUACAGAACUGUCACCUGGCAGCUUCAUGGAUGCCCAAGCUCCAAGCAAUAGUGGAAAAGUCAGUUUUUUUUAAAAAUAUUUUUGUUUCAUUUGCAUUUUUGUAAUGUUUGGUGACAGAUUUUUGGUUUUAUUGAUAAUAAGCUUAGCAUUUAUAUUUGUUAUUAUUUUUUAUUAUUUAAAUAUAGUUAAGAGAAAAACAUUAUCUUAAUUAAUAUUGAGUUUAUUUGUCUCUGUAGGUUUAAUCAAGGGAAUGAAGAUAACCUUGACCCCCAGUUUAGGUUGUGGCUUAGUUCACGACCAGAUCCAUCUUUCCCAGUUUCUAUUCUUCAGUAUGGAAUCAAGGUAAUGUUUAAAAAAUCUUCAAAAAAAUUAUUGUUAAAAUGAACUGCAAUAUUCUUGAACAUUUAUCAUAUUUUUGAAAUUAUCGUUUUUACUCUCUUUUACCAGAUGACCAUUGAAGCACCACAAGGGCUCAAGGCUAAUUUACUGAGAACCUUUGGCAGUGCUGGUGCAGGAGUUGUCACAGAAAGUCUUUAUGAUAAAAGUUCUAAAAAAGAAGCUUGGCGACCUCUUUUGUUUGGACUUUGCCUUUUUAACAGUGUUAUCCAUGAAAGGAAGAAGUAUGGCACUCUAGGGUGGAACAUUCCUUAUGAAUUUAAUGACUCUGACUUGGAGGUUGGCACUGUUUUUUUUGUGUAUAUCUGACUAUUAGUAAAUUUUAUGGCCACAGGGAUUAUACAGAAUCAUUUUCUAUUCCUUCUAUGAGCUUUGGAUUCAAGGGCACAGAGUAUAAAUGAUCAAGUCAAGAAAUUCUAUGGCUUUAUCUCAAAAUAGAAAACCAUCAACUGGAUUUUUUUAUCGGACUCUGUUGAAUUUUUUUCAAAAUUUAUUAUUCUAUUAUUACUGUUGUAAACUUAAAUGGAACACAAAACGGAAAUCUGGCAAACCGCUUUAUUUUGUAAUUAUUUCAUAUACUUGCUAUUCCUUUACAUUAUUUUUUACUGCUCAUCUUGUUCUUAAAUACACAUAAAUUGUGACAUUAGUUUCUAAAUGAAAUUGAUCAUACUAUAGGUUUCUAUUUGGAAACUCCAAAUGUUACUUGAGGAGCAAGAAGAAGUUCCAUGGACUGCCUUAAAUUACCUCACAGGGGAGGUGACCUAUGGUGGUCGUGUUACUGAUGAUUGGGAUAGAAGAUGUCUUAUUUCCCUUCUUAGCAAGUUCUACAACAGAGCUCUCUUUGAACCAAACUAUAGCUAUGAUUCAGCUCAUGUGAGUAACUGUGAAUCAAUUUAGCAUUUAAACAGAACCAUAGUAAUACAAAAUAAUUAUUUUUAAAAAAUGAAUAGGAUCACGACAGUUGUAUUCUUCAGUUGACUUGAACAAAACUUUUGGGUCAAAGGCAACAUUUAUUAUUUAGGAAAAUUAAUGUUAGAGAAUUUUAAGAUGAUCAAAUUUAUCCUGAAAUUCCGAGAAAUUAAUCAAAUUUAUUUAUUUCUAUGACACACUCAUUACAGAUGUAUCAUCCAGUGCCAACAACAUUGAGCUUCAAUUCAGUAUUUUCCUUUAUUGAAGAGCUUCCAAAUUAUGACAGGCCAGAUAUAUUUGGCAUGACUGAGAAUGCUGAGAAAGCAUGUAGGGAGUUCCAGGCAUCUGGGAUCAUUAACACUGUUAUUGGCGUCCAGCCAAGAAGAGCCACCGCUCUAACUGGGUAUAUCUAAUAAAUAUGACCAACUAUUAUCAUUCCUCUCCUAAAAGUAAUAACAUCAAUAUAAAAUAAUUCAUUUAAAGACUCAAUAGAAGUGAUAAAGGCUACUUGCUAGGAAUGAGACAAAGAUGGGUGGGGCGGAGCAUUAAACUUAAAUUUGUUUAGGACCUAAAAAAAAAGAUAUUUCCUCAACUAUAAAAAAAAUUUUAUAUAAAUUUUCAGUUCCCAGAAAAGUAGUGAUGCAGCAGUAUUGGAGAUAGCGGAGGAUAUUGGUCAGCGCCUCCCACUUUGUGUUGAAGACAACUCUGAUUCACCUAAACCAGCACUGUUGGAGCCUCAGCGGUCAUUAAAAUCAAUCUUACAGAAAGAUGUAGAAACCAAAGGACUAGACAAAGAAAAAAUGUCUAGUAAGCUAACCAUAACAAGACUAUAAACAGGGGUUGCUGUAAUGUAAUAUGAGCCAUACAAACUAACUGGCAACCAAUGUGGAGGUGGCAUCAAAAGCCAAACUAUCAUUUAGAUAGUCUUUUGUCAUACUGAUUGUUCACUUUGGAGAUUUCACACCAUCUAGAAAUAUUUCUUGGGGCACAGCUGGUCAUAUAUACUUAUAAAUAAUGAGAAAAUAUCUGCAUUUAAAAGCACAGACAAUUUUAUGUACCAGUAGCAUUUACAAUUUUAUGCAGCAUUUAAAAUCUUCUAUAUGUAUGGUGUAAUCUAAAUAUUUUAAUCUGGUUAGGAAAUUCUUGAACAUAUCAUUUGGAAAAGAUGAUUUAAAAUUGUUUCAUUAUGAAUUAGUUCACUGACUUAAGUGAUUUAAAUUGAUAUUUAUUGGUAACUGUCUUUUUAACAUGCUUAAAUAAUGAAAAUCUUCAAUAAGAAAUCACCCAUCCAUUUUAAACAUUUUCAGUUUUAGAGACAUUAACCACCAACCUGGCAGGCAAUUCAGCACUACUUACUAUUUUAAGACAAGAAAUUGACCGCUUCAAUCACUUGCUGUCUGUCAUUCAUACUUCCUUAAACCAACUAAUUCUGGCAGUGAAGGGUGAAAUUGUCAUGUCUGAAAACUUAGAAGAUACUUAUGAUUCCUUGCUAACACAACACGUACCAGCUCAAUGGAAGGUAAUGGUUUAACAGAUGUCUCAGGGUGGGAUAAAUGUCCACAUAAAUGAUACAAUAAUAAUACCUUAACUCAUGCAACAUCAUGUGCAUGGAGAGUCAAAAUUCUGUGAUAAAAAAUAAUUUGGAAUGAAAAAUUAUGUGAAACAAUAUAUUUCACUGCUACAAAUUUACAAGAAAAUAAAUAUUAUUUUGUAUGAAAAAGAACGAGGUGUUCAUAACUGUAAUAAUCUUAAUUUUUGCAACUUAUUUGACAAAGUCAAUUGAGUUAUUUUUAUUUUUCUCUAGAAUGCAGCCUAUGAGUCCACAAAAUCGUUAUCUUCCUGGGUUUCCGACUUACAACAGAGGGUGGAGUUUUUUGCUGAGUGGGCCAAGCUCCUAUCUUCAAGUAUAGAGAAAAAAUUCAGACAAAUUAUACGCAAUGUCAAAGAUACAGCUGGAAACACCGAUACCUCGUCUGAAACACAGCCAACAACUUUCUGGUUGUCUGCAUUUUUCUUUCCUCAAGGUUAAAUAAAUUUUCAUUUUGAUGCAAAUUUGUUAAUAAAUUAAUACAAUCCAAUGAAUGGAACAUUGCCAUUGCCACCAUGAUUGAAAACAGGGUACAUAAGUCAGAGCUUUAUUUUAACAUGAAUAAUGAAUACUUAUGUAGUAGUAUGAGGUACUCUUUAAAUAUUAAAAUAUUUGGAUAAGAUAGAUUGGAAGCUCACACUUUUGGACAUCAUCUUUUCCCACUUUAUAUAUUUCCAAAUAAAUGUUUUUAAAUGUUAUGUUAAAUGAAAUUGAAAAUAAUAGUUCGAUGCACAAUCUCUUACAAUCAUUAAAAAUAUUUUCACCCGAUAGGUUUCUUGACAGCCGUGCUUCAGAAUCAUGCGCGCAAAGUUGGAAUUUCUGUUGACUCAUUAGAAUUCAAGUUUGAGAUUGAAAGACCUGCCACAGAAAUCAACAGUGAGAAAUCUGAGCGGUCAGAGUCAGCCACAUCCAGUAUUAAAGAAAUGUCUUAUUCUGUGAGUUAAGAAAUGUUCAAUUAUUAACUGUCAUGCUUGGCUACCCUCUGAAAUGAUUAGCUAAUAAAUUUUAUUUUAGAACAAUUUGUAUCAAUCGAUUAAUAAUCAAAGAAUAUUACUCAUUUAUAUUAUUUCAAUUUUAGUUGGAAAUAUAAUUACCUACUUUGUUAAAAUAAUGUUAGUUUAGUAAAAGUUCCUAAAUUCACCUAUUUUUAGGAGACUUAGAGCUUCUAUUUUUAUUUGUAUAGAUUAUAUAUUUAAGAACUUUCUUCCACUUUUAUAUGAGAGAUUUUUUUAAAAUUCCAUUGUUAUCAAAAAUAUUUGAUUUGUAUAAAGUAUAAAUAAUCAGGUCUCCUUCAAGUCAUAAAAAUACAACUUUUUAUUUUCCUGUCCAGGACAAGUCUCCAGAGAAUGGGGUCCUUGUUAGUGGUUUAUUUCUAGAUGGUGCUCGUUGGGAUUCAGAAACUCAUACAUUGCAGGACUGUUUAACCAACAAGCGAUUUUGUUGUCUCCCUGAUAUUCAUUUUGAGCCAAGAGAGGUUAGGAAUUGCUUAAAAUGUAUUUUAUUUAAACUUAGAGUAUUAGAUACAAGGAGGACUCUUUUACUUAUCUAAUUGAAAUGAUAGAUUCAUUUUAAUUCCAUAUUAAUACAGUGCAAAAAUUCAGGAAAUCCUUAUCUGAAAUUUCUUGUCUUGGUGAUAAUACCAUAAAUAAAUUUUUGUUUCAGCACAGAGAAGUCAACUCUUCAGCAUCUCAAUUUGUGGACUCAACAGAUAUGUCUACCAGAAAAACUUUUCAAGAGAGUUCUUAUGAAUGUCCUCUCUACCGGACAUCAGCAAGGGCGGGCACUCUGUCCUCAACUGGGCACUCCACCAACUUUGUCACAUCUAUCACAUUACCAUCAGAGCAGUCGCCAGACUUUUGGAUCCUAAGAGGGGUCGCCAUGAUAUGUCAGCUGGAUGAUUAACAUAAAUCAUGCAUGUUCCGGACAGCACUGAAUGCAAGUAUUUUAAUCAUGAUAGCACAUGCAAUGUCCAUAUAUGUACUUUGAAGUACAAGUAAUUUAAUCUUAUUAAAAUGCCAACCAACAAAUCCACAUUAUUAAAAAAUCAACUAAAUUAUUGAGAGGUUAAUGAAAUAACUUGGUACUUCAUUAUUGCUUUUGUGUGUGUGUUUUUUUUUAAAACAUGCUCAGACCACGUGGUAUAGAUAAUUAAGGAUUGGAUUAAAAAAGAUAGAUUCAAAAUUUAAAUGCUCUCUAAAUUAUUUUUUGUGAAUGAUUCUGGUAAAAAAUUUGAAAAAUUUUGAUUAUCAGACCAUUUUCUAAUGGGAAGUUGUUUUAGAUACAUUCUAUAAAUUGUAUUCGAUUCUAUUAUUUUAAACUUUUCCAAAAG